GCAAUCAAAAUGCGACAGUCGUGUUGAUUCAUUCCAAAUGAAGGGAAUGUGCCAGUGCUGACGCGGUAAACUUUCCAAAUUUGCCAAUUGAUACAAACAAAGAUGCGUUAUGUUUUUGAAUAGUUAACCUGUUUGACCAUGAAGUUACUCCAUAAAGACAUCGAGAAGGACAAUGCAGGUCAGGUGACGCUCAUGCCUGAGGAAGCAGAAGACAUGUGGCACACCUACAACCUGCUACAGGUGGGCGACAGCCUCAGAGCUUCAACCAUCAGGAAAGUUCAGACGGAGUCCUCCACUGGCAGUGUGGGCAGUUCACGUGUACGCACCACACUGACUUUAUGUGUAGAGACAAUAGACUUUGAUUCACAGGCCUGUCAGCUAAGGGUGAAAGGAACCAACAUCCAGGAGAACCAGUAUGUCAAGAUGGGCGCUUAUCAUACCAUUGAGCUGGAGCUUAACAGGAAGUUUACUCUUGCCAAGAAAGUCUGGGACAGUGUAGUAUUGGACCGAAUUGAACAAGCAUGUGAUCCUGUUCAGAAAGCAGAUGUAGCUGCUGUGGUGAUGCAGGAAGGUCUGGCCAACCUGGUUCUCGUGACCCCAGCCAUGACUUUGCUGAGGACAAAGAUUGAGGUCACCAUUCCACGCAAGAGGAAAGGCAGCUGCUCCCAACAUGACAAGGCCUUAGAUCGAUUUUAUGAAGCUGUUAUGCAGGGGAUUUUGAGACACUUUAAUUUUGAAGUCGUAAAGUGUGUUCUGGUGGGUAGUCCAGGCUUUGUGAAAGAUCAGUUCAUCUCGUAUCUCUUCAAAGAGGCUGUAAGACAAGACUGCAAAAUUCUGCUAGAAAACAGAUCUAAAUUCAUGUUGGUGCACUCCUCAUCUGGACACAAAUACUCGCUUAAAGAAAUUCUGUGUGAUCCAGCAGUAACGUCUCGGCUGUCUGACACAAAGGCAGCUGGAGAGGUGAAAGCCCUGGAGGAUUUUUACAAGAUGCUGCAACAAGAACCAGAUAGAGCUUUCUAUGGAUUGGCUCAUGUGGAGAAAGCAAGUGAAGCUUUAGCUAUUGACAUCUUACUGAUCAGUGAUAAACUAUUCAGACAUCAGGAUAUAGCAACUCGCAGCCGAUAUGUCCGGCUGGUUGACAGUGUACGAGAAAAUGGAGGAAUUGUCAGGAUAUUCUCAAGUCUGCAUGUAUCUGGAGAACAGUUGAAUCAGUUGAGUGGAGUGGCGGCCAUCUUGAGGUUUCCCAUUGCUGACGUUUCUGAGGCUGAGGAUGACAGCAGCUCAGAUGAAGACUAACAUUAUGACUCUCUUUGGACUGAUAUAUAGGAUAUUACAUGAAAUAUCAGAAACACAUUUCCAUUUAAAGACUGCGGAUUUGACUGCAGUUGUAGGACAAGUCACAAAAAAUAUUGUUUAAUAUAUAUAAUUAUUUAGCCGUAAAAAGAAAAGAAUACUAAGGAUGAUUUGAAAAUACUAAAUAAUACAUUAGUAUGCCACUAAAGUCACACACCAUAUACAGAGUAAAUGUUCAGAUCUUUUGGAAUAUACCAUACUCCAAAAAUACA